AUGGCCCAGGUCAAGCCAGACCCGGAUGCUAUGUACAUCAAGCCCGACCCCGACAGCAAGGAGACAGUCCUUGCAGACCUGGAGGAUGAUGAUAUCUACGAGGAUGCAGGAGAUCUGGACUUCUCAGCGUCAGCACAGAACGUAUGGCUCUCACGACUGCCUCAGCAGCUGUGGGACCAUUGGGCGACAAUGGAUGAGAAUGCGGAUGAUGACGAAGAGAUUGAAAUCGGAACGAUCAGGAUAGAAGGUGAACCGGGAGAUCUCAAGCGGGUCAGCUUGCGAAUUCACAAACGCGAGGGCAACGAGGACAUUCCCAAAGACUACACACUGCAAAAGCAGUCCAUGUCCACAAACGCGGCACAUAUGACCCAAAAUACCUUUGUUUUCACGGAAAAGGAUAUCCCCGGAGCUGAAAACCGGUUGGCAUCGUUUGGAGAGAAGCGCUCAGCCUUAUACGAAGCUAUGAAGCGUGACGCGCGGAGGAGGCAGCAAGGCAAAAAAUGGGAGCCCUACGUCCGCAAGACAGUUCCAAAACAAACGGCCCUGGUCGGACAAGUCAGCGAGGAGUUUAACCUCUUGCCGGUCGAGAACGAAGAACUACGACGGAUUUCCGAAAAAGCAGCUAUUCAAGCUAUGAAGCCGAAGGAGAAGGUCCAAUAUGUCGACGAUAUCAGCCCUGACAUUACCAAUGCAGCUAUUCUCCUGCCCACGAACAAGGGUCACUUUGUGCAACAAAUCAAACCUACCAAGGCCAAAGCCCAAGAGAACAAGUCUACUCGUAUGCCCCAAAACGAGCUUCUGGACCGCAUCUUCGAGUGCUUCCGAGAAUUCCGCUACUGGCCAUUCAAAACUCUCAAGGCCAAGCUACAACAGCCCGAAUCCUAUCUUAAGGAGACUCUGGAGAUGGUUGCCCAUCUGGUCAAGGCGGGUGACUUUGCUAUGACAUGGGAGUUGAAGCCUGAGGCUCAGCAUGCUAACUAUGCUUCCAUGUCCUAUGACAAUGUCAAGGAUGAGAAGCCGCCAGACAUGGACGACUAUGAAGAUGCUUCGGAGGAGGAUCCUAUGGCUUCGGGCAUGAUAACGGAUCAUGACUAA